AUGACCGCCCUGUCCAUGCUUACCCUCGCCCUCACACACCCGGGCGAGUUCCGCACGCUAUGCCAAUACUGGCUCUAUCACGAAUCUAAACGCGACAUCACGGCCACGCGCGAGCACCCUACCUCAGGCUGGGACCGCGCAACAAUGCGGCGCUGCUGGGACCUACUCGACCUCACAAGUCGCAGCUUCUCCGCUGUCAUCAAGGAACUCGACGGGGACCUCGCGCGCACGAUAUGUUUAUUCUACGUCGUAUUGCGCGGGCUCGACACCAUUGAGGACGACAUGACCAUUCCAGACGACAUCAAACAACCCAUUCUCCGCUCCUUCCAUGAAAAAACAGUCACUCCCGGCUGGAAAUUCAACGGUAGCGGACCCGCCGAAAAAGACCGCAUUGUUCUUCAAGAGUACGACACGGUCGUCGAAGAGGUUAACCUGCUCGACCCAGGAUACCGCGCCGUCAUCGUCGACAUCUGCCAUAAAAUGGAAAUCGGCAUGGCCGACUAUGCCCACCGUGCCGCCACCACUGGCUCCAUUUACCUCUCCACCGUCGCCGACUACGACCUCUACUGCCAUUACGUUGCCGGCCUCGUCGGCGAGGGCCUCUCCCGUAUCUGGGGCGCCUCGGGAAAAGAGGCCCCCUGGCUCGCGUCUCAGCUAGGUCUCUCUAACUCGAUGGGCCUCCUCCUCCAGAAGACGAACAUCAUUCGUGACUUCCGCGAGGACGCGGACGAACGUCGGUUCUUUUGGCCAAGAGAGAUAUGGGGCAGGAAGGAGUACGCCACGCGUGCGAGCGGGCCGUGUGAGGAUGUGACGGAGCUGUUGAGGGUGGGGAAUGAGGAGCAAGCCCAGUGGGUGCAGAGUGGGAUGGUGCUUGACGCGCUGAGGCACGCGACGGACUCGCUGGAUUAUCUGAGGUUGUUGCGGAACCAGACAGUGUUCAACUUUUGCGCGAUUCCAGCGGCGAUGGCGAUGGCCACUCUCAAUUUGUGCUUCAUGAACCCUGAGAUGUUCCAGAGGCACAUCAAAAUCCGUAAGGCCGAAGCCGCCAAACUCAUCAUGGCAUCCACCAAUCCGCGCGAUGUCGCAUAUCUCUUCCGCGAUUAUGUUCGCCAGAUUCAUGCCAAGGCCUCGCCCGCGGAUCCCAACUUCACCCGGCUCUCCGUUGCCUGUGCCAAGAUUGAGCAGUGGGCUGAGCACCACUUUCCUUCAUUUGUCCACAUCGGUACACCCUCCGAGAGCGCACUCGACACGAGCGAUGCACGCGCACGUAUUGUGGCACUCAGCGCCGCAUGGGAUGACGAGAAGAAGCGCGAGCGGGAUGCGCUGGCAACAACUGCGGGACAGGGACAGGGACAAGGGCAGACUCAACAGCAGCAGCAGCAGCAAGGCCCGCCAUGGGAUUUGAUGGCGUUCUUUGCGGGCGCGAUGCUCCUCAUCAUGGGGCUCAGCGUUGGCAUUGUCCUGGCCGUACUCAAAAUCUGGGGCUGA